AUGGCGAUAGAUUCUGAAAAUGAUUUCUCAAAUAUUUUGCUUGAUGAUAGUGUUUCAAAUAAUUCUUCAUUGGAUCGUAAUCCAUUAUAUGAAAUGAAUAACAGACAUAAUAAAUCAACAAUUACACAUCCAAAACCUACUUUAUAUUGUGUUGUUUGUGGUGAUCAUGCAUUUGGAUACAAUUUUGAUGCCAUUUCUUGUGAAUCAUGUAAAGCAUUUUUUCGUCGAAAUGCAUUACGACCACCGAAUGAUCUCAAAUGUCGUGGUAAUGGUCAUUGUGAAGUGACCGUUGAAAAAAGAAAACGAUGCAAAAAAUGUCGAUUAGAUAAAUGUUUUAGGAUGGGAAUGCGCAAAGAAUGGAUUCUUUCCGAACAAGAUAAACAAAGAAAAAGAAAUAAAAUUGAACAAAAUCGUCGUCAAAGACAAACAAAUGUAGGCAUUCUAGGACGCCGUCGACGUUAUAUAAAACAUUUGAAAUUUUUUGAAGAGAGUUCAUCUAUAGAUGAAGUUCAUCCAUCAAUAACUAAUAAUAUUCCACAAAUGAACGAAUCAGAUUGGUCAAGAAUUCAUCAAGUUCAAUAUGCAUAUAGUCAAGCAACAUCAUUGAAUAGGGUAAUUGGUGUUCCAUUGUAUCCAGCAACUCAACCAAUACAUUCUACACUUGAACUUAUUCGCAUUCCAACUUAUUUAGCAUCCAUACGUCUUAUAACUUUUAUGAAAAAAAUUCCUGAAUUCGAUUUAUUUAACCCAGAAGAUCGUGUUACACUUGUUAAACAUAAUUUAUUAGCAGUUGUUUUUAUGCAUGUUGUUCUAUUAUAUAAUCCGCUAGCAGAUAGUUAUCAUGAACAUGAUACAGAAGAUCCAAUAUUUCAAGGCAAAGAUUGGAUUGAAAUACUUGGUGAAGAAUUUUAUCAUGAAGUAACUGACGUCGCAACAAAAUUAAUUGAGAUAUUUCAAUAUGAUCGUGUUAUUGUCAAAAUAUUUUUAUUACUUAUUCUAUUUACAAAAGGUUUUUGUGGGUAUGAUAUAGCUCAUGAACCAUCAUUGAAAAAUUAUUUUAUUGUAUUUAACACACAAAAUCUUUAUCUAGAAUCACUUUAUAAAUAUUGUUUACAUCAUUACGGUAUAAGGAAAACCAUUACUUUAUUUUCACGUUCUCUUAAUCAAAUACUUGCUAUACAACGUUUAGCUGUUCAUUUAAAAGAUUUUGUACAUAAUCAUAUUAAUGCAUCCCAAUUAUCGCCAUUAAUGCAAAGUGUUCUACAAUUACCAAACUCAAAUCCAUCCGUAUAA